GGAACCGUUCCAACUUUCAUUAUUAUUUAUUUGUGCUUGUGUUAGUGUACACACAAAACGAGUGUAUUCGGGGGGCGUAUACAAAAUUUAAAAUGUUUUGGACAGUCAUCCCAGAAGUAUAACUCAAACAACACGUAUUUACCUCGCUGAACUCAACUCGUCCAAAGUCGGCUCAUCAUCCUAUUUUCACAAUGAAAGUCACAGUUACAACUCUGAACGAUGAGAUCUUCAUCUUGGACGUCUCUGAAGAUUUGGAGUUGGAGAAUUUUAAAGCAUUUUGUGAAAUAGAAUCCGGGUUCCCUGCGAACGACAUCAUCCUGAAUUACAAUGGCAAGCCGCUUUUGGACGAUAAAAAAUCUCUGAAAGAGCACGGCGUUCACGACGGGGACGUUAUCGUGCUCAUACACAUGCUGCAGACUGCCUCAAACCUCAACCAAAAUGAUUCCAGUCAAGCUUUGCCAACAGGCUUAGCAAAUUUAGACUUCAGCAACAUCAGGGUACCAACAGGGGCUAGCACUUCAAUGGCAGCAAGGAACCCACCAGUUGAAGAGGACCCACGCAUCAUCAGGGAGAUGUUUUUAGCUAAUCCAGACCAGCUUGCCUUGCUCAAGCAAAACAAUCCAAGAUUAGCUGAUGCUCUACUCAGCGGAAACCUUGAUACAUUUGCUUCUGUGCUUCGCGAACAAAUUUUAGCUAGGACUGAACGCCAGCAACAGCGUAUAAGGAUGAUGAAUUCAGAUCCAUUUGAUACAGAGGCUCAAAGAAUGAUUGCUGAGGAGAUUCGGCAGAAGAACAUUGAAGCAAACAUGGAGGCAGCCAUGGAGUACAACCCUGAAACUUUCGGCACUGUAGUCAUGCUUUACAUCAACUGCCACGUCAAUGGAUUUCCAGUAAAAGCCUUCAUAGACUCUGGUGCGCAGACAACUAUAAUGUCUGCCGCUUGUGCUGAGCGCUGUAACAUAAUGCGGCUGGUUGACACAAGAUGGGCAGGCAUAGCUAAAGGCGUCGGCGUCCAGAGGAUUAUCGGAAGAAUUCACAUGGUCCAAAUGAGAAUCGAAAAGGACUUCCUCACCACAUCAUUCUCUGUGCUUGAAGAACAACCUAUGGACAUGCUCCUUGGUUUAGACAUGCUCAAGAGACAUCAAUGUAACAUAGAUUUGAAGCGGAACGUGCUUCGUAUCGGCACGACGGGCACGGAGACGCCGUUCCUGCCGGAGUCGGAGCUGCCCGAGUGCGCGCGCCUUUCCGGUUACUCCGAGGACGAGAUCGUCAACCAGUCCAUGAGAGACCACGAGGAACGACAAGUCAAAGAAGCUAUGGAGAAGUCUAAACAAGAGUCUGGCGGCAACCAGCGUAUUAGACCGACGUCUAGCGGCCAAUCGACCUCAGUGCCUAUGCAAAUCAAUAACCAGAGAAUGGUGCUUGGUGAUCCCAGCCAGACCAUUUUGCCGAACGACCAGUUUGGAGAGACAGAAGUGGAAGAAAUAGUUUCCCUUGGUUUCACCAGAGAACAGGCUAUCGUCGAACUCAGACGCUUCAACGGAGAUAAGACUCAAGCGACUGUGGCGCUUUUUGCUAAAUCACUGAAAUUUUAACAUUUGCUGAAAGCAAUGAAUACCAGAGACUGUCAAACUAUGACAUAACAUAUUACCGAAUCAAAAUAGACAUUUAAGUUUGCAAAACAUCGCAUCUAUCUGGAAAUUGGUGGAGGUGAUAAACACAUCAUUGUAAAAGAAAGCUGUCGUCAGAAACCAAAUGUUUUUGCAAAAAUAGGUGAGACAUAAAUUGUAGAUCAUACCAUUAUCUAAAAAUUUCUUUACGGAUCACUGUUUCAGUGAUAUCGCUCGAUAUAUAUCUCUCACGUAUUACCGCACCACCAUUAUAAACUCUUCUUUUCUUUAUAUUAUAAACUUUCUACUUUGAAAACCUCAAUAAAAUAAUGUAUAAAUAUAUACAAUUAAUAAUAUGCUUCAUACUCUGCCUCACUCAACGCUUACCCAAUAAGUAAUAUUUUCAAUCCUUGACAUCGCGAUAUCUUCAAAAUGCAAUGAUGAUCCCAAAAA